UUAUGCAAAUGUAUCUCAAAAGUAUAAGAAAUAAAUUAGAAAAAACAAAAUCGAAAUAAAUGAAAAAAUCACUAUGCCAAAUACAAAAGAAAAAUCUUCAGCGACAGCAUCGAAAUCAACGUCAAAACACAGGUCGAGGUCAUCUGCUCGAUAUGCUGACGUUGAAAAGAGAAAGAGAACAAUUGUCUCCAUACCCAACACCAUCAAAUUAAGUAUGUUAAACAGUGGGUUGCUUUCCUUCGAAAAAAUUAAAUUGGAGGCUCGAGAUGAAAAGAAUUCCUUAUCGAAAACAAUACCCAACAAACCCAUUGACACCAGGCACUUUUUGAAAUUAUGCGAACUGAGACGUAAAUUUCCUGUGCUCUAUAAGCUAGAAUUUCAGACGGCUGCCAAAGUGGAGACAAACACAUGCAGACAUGCUAUGAAAAAGAAUAAUCAUGAGAAAAAUCAAAAUCCUAAGUGCAUUCCGUAUGAUUACAAUCGUGUUGUAUUACAAAAGAUACCUGGCGUCCCCGAUUCCGACUAUGUAAAUGCAUCGUAUGUGGAUAGUCUAUUGAAACCGAAUGCAUAUAUUGUUACACAGGGACCGGUUGAGGAGACUGUGAACGCCUUUUGGCGUUUGGUAUGGCAGGAGAAUGUCAGUGCAAUAGUCAUGUUAACAAAAACGUUCGAUUUUGCCAAGGUCAUGUGUGUGCAGUAUUGGCCACCGAACAUGGAGGUGCACGAAACAUAUGGUGACAUCAAUAUCAAUAUUGUACGAGAGGAGCAAUUGGCAAAUUUUCACAUUCGUACAUUUCGUUUGUAUAAAGAGAAUGAAAGUAAGGCGGUUACCGAUGAACGUUUAAUAUUGCAAUUCCACUUUACGGAAUGGUACUCACACUCUUGUCCCUUCUCAAAUGCGGUUUUGGAAUUUAGACGUCGUGUACGGUUAGUGGUUGGUAAUAUAAUUAAGGAAGAUGACAUGAAGGGUCCAAUGUUGGUACACUGCAGUGAUGGUGGUGGUCGUUCAGGUGUAUAUUUGUCAAUCGAUGCAAAUUUAGAGCUAGCGGAAGAAGAAGAAACUUUUAAUGUAUUUGGUUAUUUGAAGAAACUACGUCAGUCCCGUAAAGGUUUAGUAGAAAAUAUUGAACAAUACAAAUUUAUUUACGAUACUUUAGAGGAAAAUAUUAUAUGUGGCAAAACUUGGUUUCCAGUUUCUGAAUUAUCUGACCGUCUUAAGUCAAAAGCUAGGCGCAAUUCAACUACUAAAAUGAAUGAGUAUCAAAUGGAAUAUGAGCAGAUAUGCAAGCAAACACCGAGAUUUACAAUUGGUGAUUGUGCUGGUGGUCAUCGUGCUGAUAAUAGAGAAAAAAAUCGUGAUGUUUUAUGUGUACCACCAGAUAAUAAUCGUCCUUAUUUGACAUCUUUUCAGGGAAAUGCUUUUACCGACUAUAUAAAUUCCGUUUUUGUGGAUGGCUACACUAAGCCACGCGAAUAUAUUGUAACCGAAUGGCCAUUAAAACACACUUUAGGCGAAUUCUGGUCUCUUGUAUAUGAUCAGGAAUGUUCCGCUGUCGUUGUACUCUGUCAACCUCCAGCCAAUUCGCAACAAUUUCCGUCUUUUUGGCCAGUUAAAUCAAAAAUGGAGAAAUACGGACCAGUAUUUACUGUGCAUUAUGUAGCGUCUAAAAGCUAUACAAACAUAAAGCAAUUUGAAUUCAAAAUUAACAAGAAAAUUGUUUCACUUACCGAGAUGAUGGCUGGUGUUAAAGCACCUACCAAAACCGUACAACUCUUUCAAUUGACAUGUUGGCCAAUGGGUCAAAAAGUGCCAAACUCAACGAAUUCACUAGUCUAUCUAAUGAACAUGGUCGAAUUAUGGCGUCAGAAAACCGAUUAUGGGCCAGUUUGUGUGGUUUCACCCGAUGGAAGAUCACGUGCCGGAGUUUAUUGUGCGGCCAAUGCCUGCAUUGAACAGGUCAUACAACAUGGCGAAGUAGAUGUAUUUCAGGCGGUUAAAACUGUACGACGUCAUCGACCACAGCUCGUCGAUAAUAUGACUGAGUACAAGUACUGCUACGAUUUAGUAUUACAUUACGUCCUACAUUUCCUUAAUAAGAAGGAUUAAAUAAACAAAUUUUACUAUAACAAUGAAUAACAUUGUUUGCGCAUUUGCGGUUAAAGAAAUUAAUAAUUAAUAUAAAUUUAACUUCGUUUUUUAAAAAUACAACUUAAUAAUUCAAAGUGUUCUUGGUAUUGUAUUUGAGGUGUGUAGGCCAUUAAAAGUAAAUAUUGCACUACAUAUAUUUUUUGUUGCUAUGUUUUAAAUUUAUCUGGUCUACGGCACGAAAACAAUAUAAUCAAUUUGA